AUGUGCGAAGGACGUAGAGAAGCGUGUGAAUGGUUACUUCGAGACUUGAGGACCGGCGGGUAUUUCGAAGAUGUACUACAUAAGGAAAUCGACCAGGCAAACUCCACACCUUUCACUACCAAAAUCGAGCAGGCUGCUCACCCGAAGCGAUUCUCAACGCCUUCGUUUACACACUUCAAAGGGGAUUCCGAUCUCGAGAGCCACCUAAAACACUUUAAAAGUGUCAUGAUCCUCCACAAGACCGACGACGCGCUGAUGAAGUUUGACGAAUCUCUUCGAGAUUACAUCAAGAGAUUUAAAGCAAAAAAAGUCAACAUUGCAGGAUGUGAUGACCGAAUCUCAUCAUCUGCCUUCAAGAAAGGUCUUCCAGCUGAACACGACUUGUACCGCGAGCUGACUAUCACUUCCAGCCAGACUCUGGCAGAGGUUUACGCGACUGUGGAAUGCUACGCGCUCUGGGAUGACGAUCGAAUCGCCGCAAAGAAGUGUACAAAGCAGGAAGAUCAGUCGACUAAACGGGCAAGCCAAAAAAGCGAUGGAUUUAGCAACAAGAACAAGGACAAGCACAGGUCACACCCACAAAAGAACGCUAAGGCAGGAGAGGACUACACCAAGUUCACCAUCCUCAUACACCAAAUCUUAGCCUAA